CGCGAAACCCUUCAUAGAACUCGUCUGUGUAGGAUUUCGGAUAGGGUUUGCCUCCUUUCGGAAAAAUCUCCCUCCCCACAGAGCCAGAGAAAGGCCCACGCGGAUGGGUCGGGUACUGGGAGCAGCGGGACUAUUAACAGCAGCAGCCGUACCCCACUCCUCUCCUCCCGCCGCCGCCGCCAGAGCCCGCACCAGAACCACCCUCGCCUCCCAGACCGCCAGGCCUUCUCGCAGAAGAAACGGCUCUCCGCCACGGAAGCAACCCUCAGUUGCGGAGGUCGAGCGGGCUAUAGGCGUCGCCAGCGACCCCUUCCAGUCCUCAUCGUCGUCAUCCUCUUCCCCAUUUAUGGACUUCCUCUCCUCUACUCCCAUCGGGCAGGCCGAGGGUCCUACGGAGAGAAAGAUCCGUGAGACGGCGGAAUGGGUGGCUGAUCGCACCGAGUCCCAUUCUCGGUCUGGGCAGCGGAUUCUGAUGACGGUGUCUCUGAAAAUCUUGCCAGUGUGGCUCUUGCUUCUCCUGGUCGCAUCUGGGGUCGUCAAGCUACCAUUUGAUCUCCCAUUUAUGGAUGAUUUAAUUACAUAAGUAUCAACUAGUAUGUAUGUUGGCUCCAUGUCCUGCUAAAUGUAUAGCGUACAUUCGUGACGGGAAGCUCUCAUGCCUGAACAAGAUAUCCUGCUAAUGUGUGAAUUUAUCACUGUGACACCCACCUUUUUAGAAUUUGUAAGUGAAUGAAACGUGUGGGAGUGCUCGAGAUUGUAGAUCCUAUGUUUUUAUGCAAUUAGAAAGCUGUCUUGACCUAUCUGCGCUA